AUGGCCAUCCGGUCUGACGGGUCGGAGGAGGCGUGCGUGUGGCAGGCGCUGCGCGUGGGGGACCUGGUGAAGGUGCACCGCGAUUCGUUCUUCCCGGCGGAUUUGAUAUGCCUCGCAACAAGCGGCGAUCGCGGCGCGUGCUUUGUCGAUACGAUGAGUCUCGACGGCGAGACGAAUCUGAAGACGCGCAACGCGAUCAGCGAGACGAACGCCAUGUCGCUCGCGGAGCUCGCGGGGCUCCGGGGGCGCGUGGAGUGCGAACACCCCAGCGCCGCCAUCUACACGUUCGUCGGCAAUAUGCGACUCGGCGUCGACGCGGGCAGUUACGACGAGGAGAAGGAGGCGGAGGAGGAGGCGACGGGAAACCCGCCGCUGUUCCUCGGGCCUGACAACAUUCUCCUGCGCGGGUCGCGGUUGCGCAACACGGGGUGGGCGGUGGGCAUGGUGGUGUACACGGGGCGGCAGACCAAGGUCAUGAUGAACUCCACCGACCCGCCCUACAAGCGAAGCUUCGUGGAAAGGCGGCUGGACUACGUGAUCAUAUUCGAGGUGGUGCUGCUGCUGACGCUCGCCGCGGGCUCAGCGGUGGUGUUUGCGCUGGCGCUGGCGCGGCUGAUGCCCGCGCAGUGGUACUUGCGCCCGCACGACUACAGCGGGCUGUCAGGCAUCGCGUAUGUGCAGUUCGACUGGACGGAGCCGGAAUACGCCGCCAUCUCGCAGUUCUUCACGGGGCUUGUUCUAUACGGGUACUUUGUGCCCAUAUCGCUGUACGUGACGGUGGAGCUGGUGAAGCUCACGCAGGCCGUGCUCAUGGCGCGCGACGCCCUCAUGUACUUCCACGACCGCCAAGUGCCCGCCACCGCGCGCACCUCCAACCUCAAUGAAGAGCUUGGCAUGGUGCAAGCGAUCCUAUCGGACAAGACGGGCACGCUGACGCGCAACCAGAUGGACUUCUUCAAGUGCAGCAUCGCCGCCAUCAGCUACGGCACAGGCCACACCGAGGUCGAGCGAGCCGCCACCGCGCGCGCCGCUGCCGCCUCCGCCGCCAAGCGGCACGGCGGGGCGCGCACGCGAGGAGCGUCGGCGGGGAGGCAGCAGCAGCAGCAGCAGCGAGGGGUGUACGGGGACGAGGACGACGAGGAUGACGAGGAGGCGGAGGAGGACGAGGACGGCGCGCAGUACAUGCGCGAGUACGUGCCCACGAAGCCUCUGGAGAAGGGCUUUAACAUGCGCGAUCCGCGCCUGGACGACCUCAACUGGCGCUACCAGAGCUCCGCGGGGGACAUCCGCCGCUUCCUCGAGGUGCUCGCCGUCUGCCACACCGUCAUGGCGGACAAGGGCGACGGCACGCGCGCGGGCGACGCGGGGGAAGCGGAGGGGGGUAUGGGCGGGGGACGCGGAGGGGACGCGGAUGCGGGGUUGGGAGCGGUGGGCCCGAUUGCGUCUGACGCGGCGGUGCCGAAGGUGCGGUUCCUGGCGGAGUCGCCGGACGAGGCGGCGCUGCUGGUGGCGGCGAAGCGCAUGGGGUUUGUGUUCACGGGGCGCGAGGGCCGCGACGUGUGCGUGAACGAGUACGCGAAGCACUGGAAGCUCGUGGCGCAGCACAAGUAUGCCGUUCUCAACACCUUCAAGUUCACCAGCCACCGCAAGCGCAUGAGCGUGAUUGUGCGCACGCCGCUGUGCAGGCUGGUGCUGAUGACGAAAGGCGCGGACUCGGUCAUCAUGGACCGCCUCGCGCCCUCCCCCUACGCGCAGCGCUACCGCGCGGCGACGCAGCGGCAGAUGAACCAGUACGCGGAGGCGGGGCUGCGCACGCUGGCGGUGGCUUGGCGCGACGUGGACGACCGGGAGUACGCGGAGUGGCAGGCGCGGUGGGAGGAGGCGCAGGGGUUUGUGGGGGACGCGGGCGUGCAGGCGGGGAAGUUGGAUGCGCUGGCGGAUGAGAUGGAGCGCGGGCUGGAGCUGCUGGGCGCGACUGCUAUCGAGGAUAAACUACAGGUGGGAGUGCCACAGACAAUCGAGUCGUUAGCGCGGGCGGGCAUACGGCUGUGGGUGAUGACGGGCGACAAGCUGGAGACGGCGGUGAACACUGGGUUUGCGUGCCGGCUGCUGCAGCAAAGCAUGCAGCAGCACGUGCUCUUCCUAGAGGACAACGACGCCAUGCUCGCUGCCGCUGACAAGGCUGGCAUGGACCCCGACGAGUACGCAUUCAAGUCCAUUCAGGAGCAGCUGGCGAAGGCAAAGCAAGCAUCGGCGCAGCUGCGUGCACACGGCAUCGCACCCAUACCGUCCUUCUCCCCACCCUCACCGUCCCUCUUCGCCGCCUCAUCCGACACCAACUAUGACUCAGACACCAAUGAUGACACGUCAGCAGAGGGUGGAGAGGACGGCAAACCCUCCGGCCACCCGCUGACAGCAAUCCCACCGAGGCAAGCCCUCAUUCUGGACGGCAAGGCGCUCGCCCUCAUCCUCACACAGCCCGCGCUCGCACACGACUUCCUGGAAGUUGCCGCAGGGUGCGCGUCGGUGAUCUGCUGCCGCAUGUCCCCCGGGCAGAAGGCGGUGAUCGCCGGGCUGGUGCGCGAGCAGAUGGGGCUCAUCACGCUGGCCAUCGGCGACGGCGCCAACGACGUGGGCAUGAUCCAGCGCGCCAACAUCGGCGUGGGCAUCGUGGGCGAGGAGGGCCGCCAGGCCGCCAUGGCUGCCGACUUCUCCCUGGGGCAGUUCCGCUUCCUGGAGCGGCUGCUGCUGGUGCACGGCGCGUGGAACUACGUGCGGCUGACGGGCAUGAUAAAGUACUUCCUGUACAAGUGCCACACGUUCGCCUUCACCAUCUUCUUCUACAACGCCUUCACGCUCUUCUCCGGCACUCCUGUUUACUACGACUGGCUGCUCGUGCUCUACCCACUCGUCUUCAGCUCGCUGCCCGUGGCAGUGCUGGGGGCGUUUGAUCAGGAUGUCAAGGACACGUACCGACUCAGAUACCCGCAGCUCUACACGCUGGGCCAGCGCAACAGCAACUUCACGUGGCGGUCGCUGCUGCUGUGGAUGCUCAAGGGCGACCUGCAGGCGCUCACGCUCGUGCUCCUCUGCUUCCUGCCCUUCCUGCUCUCCGCGUCGGGCGCUGAUGGGCGCAGCAUGGACCUGUCGGCGCAGGGCACGCUGCUCUUCACGGCGCUCGUCGUCACCGUCAACCUCGAGAUGGCCAGCACGCUGCAGUACUGGACGAUCAUACACCACGUGGCCAUAUGGGGCUCCAUCGCGCUCUGGUUCCUCUUCCUCUGGCUAGUGAGCCGCCUGCCGCCCGCGUGGUCCGACUCCUUCCACGGCGUGGCGGACGAGCUGCUGCUGCGCCCCUCAUUCUACCUCACCGUGCUGCUCGCCACCGUCUUCGCGCUCCUGCCCUCCUUCGUCGUGCGCGCCAUUGCACGGCACGUGGCGCCCACGGACGUGCAGAUGGUGCAGGAGAUCGAGCGCCGCGACAGAUGGCGCUGGCUGCGCGGCUCCGCGUCCGGCAGGUACAGCGCGUCCGUCUCCUUCGCCGCCCGCGCGUGA